GAAUGCCUGAACCCGCCAAGCCCGCGCGCAAGAAGGGCUCCAAGAAAGCCGUGAGCAAGACCGCCGGCAAGAGUAGCAGGAAGCGCCGCAGGCCGAGGAAGGAGAGCUACGCCAUCUAUGUGUACAAGGUGCUCAAGCAGGUGCACCCCGACACCGGCAUCUCGUCCAAGGCCAUGGGCAUCAUGAACUCCUUCGUCAAUGACAUCUUCGAGCGCAUCGCCGGCGAGGCGUCCCGCCUGGCUCACUACAACAAGCGCUCCACCAUCACGUCCAGGGAGAUCCAGACCGCCGUCCGCCUGCUGCGGCACCAAGGCCGUCACCAAGUACACCAGCUCCAAGUAAAACAAGCUGCUCCAGCUUCAACAACUCAAAACUUAAGAGCCACCCACCUUUUAUCAAAAAGUUAACCUGCACCUUCAUAACGUUGACUGUGAGUUUAUCCCAGUUAGUUUUAAUUCGAGACAAACUCUCCAAGGAAAAGAAAUGGGUGAGGAUAUAUCUGGCAUGCUCUGUCAUAACUGUCUAAUCACUCAGUUCUUCACACUACAGUUUCUCCCCUCCACAGCACCUUCAUACCUGCUGGACACAACAUACAGAGAAAACACACACAAACACACACACGCGCGCGCGCUCU